UCUAGCCUCCUUGCAUUGAGCGGUUCUAUAAUAAAUUGUCAGGUAAGAUCAAUCUACAUAGAAUAUUUUUAACACUUAAUCGUAACUGAGGUUUUUCCUACAAAAUAAAGUAAUCGUAACUAAAGAGUAAAGGCACAGAUCUGUGGUAAAAUGAAUGUGCAACAAUGACUCAUUGCCUUGAACUUGAGGCUCUAAUUGUGAGUACCGAAAAGUUAAAUAUGAAGCAAUUACAUGCUAAAUGAAUAAUGUUUCCUGAUUAGAUUUCUCCUUUUGCCUUUGCGUAACACCGGUUUCUCAAUAAAAAUUAUCAUGCAAUGGACAUGAGUCAGUUAUUGGUAUUGAUUGUGUUUAUCCCACUGGUGACUAAAACGUGUAUAGCCGACGAUGAAGACACAUUGCAGCAAGUUCACAUAUUUUUUAGACAUGGUAAAAGAUACCCAUCCGAGAGAGAAUUAUAUCCCAAGGAUCCUCAUUUGACAUUGUUUAACCUGGAUCACUGGGAAAAACUGACCAGAAUUGGCGAGAAGGAGUCAUGCAUUCUUGGAAAUAUACUACGUGCACAUUAUGGCACUUUUAUAGGAAGCUCCUACAAUCCGGACGAAAUAAUUUCCAAAGAUUCUGGAACGGAUAGAACCAUGAAAAGUGCACAACUAUUGCUGCAUGGGUUGUUCUCUAAAUGCGAAUUUAGCGCACUUCCCAGCUACAACAUUACAUCAACAACUUAUGAAUUGCAACAACCUAGAUAUUUUUGCCCAGCAUACGACGAGGAGCUCAAUCACUUGCUUUCGCAAAAUGAAAGUAGCAGUAUACUUGAAACUAAUAAAGAUUUGCUACAGUACCUUACUGAGAAGACGGGGCGUCGCAUGAAGUCACUGAUGGAUGUUUUCUUCCUACACGGAGCACUUUCGAGGGAAAAAGAUUUGGGCUUGGCUCACCCACUAUGGGUGGAUUCUGUUAUGAGCCGUAUCACCGAUUUGGCAAUUGCCAGGCUCCAUUACGAAAGUGGCAAUGAUCAGUUAAGGAGGUUAAACGGAGGGAGGUUGCUAAAGAAUGUCGUAAGCAAGAUGAAGGCAUUUGUCGACGGAGCGGAAAGGCAAAGAAAGAUGUUUUUGUAUGCCUGUCACGAAUUUAACUUGUACAGUAUUUUAACAAUGUUGACCGAAUUUGAACCGCAUAUUCCUGAGUGUAGUUCGGCUGUGGCGUUUGAACUUCGCAAGCGAUCGCAAAACGAAGAUUACAUUGUAAAGAUGGUGUAUUUUAAGAACACCUUGGUACCACCACAUGAACUAUUGUUCAAAAACUGCUCCUGUAAAUAUUCCGAGUUUGAAAAUCUCACACAAUCAGUUCUCCCAACGAACUACACAAAAGAAUGUCGGGCCACCACACCACUUGAUUGAAAUUAAUUAGACAAUUAUUGUUACUUAUCGUCAAA